AUGGAUGUCGACGCCGCCCUCGACCGCUACCUCCGCAACGCCGACGUCGCGCGAUGGCUCUUCGGCUGGGACCCCGUCCGCACCGUCACGCCCGACGCCAUGGCCGCCUCGUUUGUGUACGCCAUCGGCUGGGGCGUGUAUCCGCCAGGCGUCCCGCGCACCAUGAACGUCGAGGACAUGCUCAUCGUCACCGGCCGCGCAGGCGACUUCAUUCUUGGCGUCAUUUGGGGGCUUGGACAGCCCCACGUCUUCGCAAAGUCCCCGCUCAUGCUUAAUAAGAGGCCCGUUGCGAGGCGCUUCGCAGUCGACUUCUCCACGAAGGACGCCCUGGAGUUUAUGGAGUUCGAUACCUUCGAGGACGGCAAGAUCAUCGUCAUGUUCAGGCAGUUUAUUCAUACAUUGGACUUGUCCUUGCCGGUCGUUGCCACCGCCAGGCUCCACGCCCCAAGCGGCAUUGAGCAGACCCUCGGUCCGGUCCUCAUGAGGGCCGACGUGUUCGAGGCCGCUUCUUGUCCGCGCUGCGGUCAGGUCGGGAAGAGUUGUCUCUGCAGCUUUGAUAGCUACGCCCCGAGCUCAACCGUGCGCAAGUCCACCUACACUUGGAAUCAGUUUACCAGCUGCUUCAUGGCCAAGGCUCAAGUCGGCACCAUUAAGAUGCGCAUAACCGCCAUCCUGCCAGGCAUCGGCGAGCUGCGCAUCGUCAACAACGAGGUCCCCGUUCUCAACGUACUGCAGAAGGGAAACUCUGAGUACAUCAACCUGUGCAGGACAAAAGCUAUCCACGGUCUCGGUAUCACCGUCAUCAUGCCCAGGACCGAUACGCUUGUCAUGGCGAAGAGUAUCGAGAAUGACUUCAUCGACCUGCAUAACAGCUACGUCACUCGCAAGCGCGUUCGUGAAACCCUCGACCCCGGCGAAGACGACUUUAUCUUAGAUACUGCACUGCGACCCACACCUUAUGCACUUGGUAACACACAAGUCACCGACUUUCUACAUCCUUCCCUUGCUCCCACUACCUCUGAUUCCAUCGAGUCGGUCGACGACUUCGUCUCCAUCUUUCCCGGCAUGUCCGCAACGGCCACGUCUCUGAACCAUCCAGACGCCAUGGCCAACGCGCAAGACGUCCUUCUGCAGCAGGCCACUGCCCCGCUACCCGAGCCAGAGCUUCCCUACAUAGACGCUUCGUUUGAUCCGUUUGGAAAAGCCUACAUUGACCCUACCCCAGAGAUCGAUUUGAGCCCUAACUUCACCGCCACCUCCGGCAUGGAUUAUCCCAGUCCCUUGGAGCAGCCGCUGACAAAACCCGACCUUCUUGACCCCAUCGAAGACAUCUUUUCCCCGCUCGAGUCACAGACGCUCACCCCUCCCAAUCUUACCGCGUUGCAUGACCCCAUCCCGCUCGAGUUGCUCGACACUUCACUGAAUACCCCCAAUGGGUUAGAGACAAGCAAGGGCGUUUGGUCCUCAGUUGUAUCGAGCGAAACAUCUGCGAGGGAAGCGCGUGUGACGCAGGUUGACGGUAGCGGGAAGCAAAUCCGGACUGCUAGCCGGAAAAAGCGUGCCAAGCGACACACCAACGAGACUGGCGGUGAUGAUGAGCGCAAGCACAAAUGCAGGACCUGCGAGUCCAGGUUCAAGAACCGCGGCGAUCUCCUGCGCCACGUGAAGGUUGUGCAUGAGGGUAAGCGUAUGUACUUAUGCGAAACGUGCGGCAAGAGCUUUGGGCAUUCUGGUCACUUGAACCGCCACAUUCAGUCGGUGCAUCUUCACCAGAGGCGGUUCAAAUGUCAGUUCUGCCAAUAUGAGUUUUACCAGGCUUCGCACCUGCAUAGUCAUAUCGGACACAUCCACGGCAAGAAGAAGACGCUCAGCUGCAAAGAGUGCGGGUACAGGGCGUCGAGUCGCAACGCGCUCAAGACGCAUAUGACGAAUGCGCACCCAUGCGAAGAGGUGACGAUGCAUGGGUGUGCAUUCGCUGACUGCCCGGGCACGUUUGAGAACGAGAAUGAAUUGAAGAACCACAUCAGUGAUGUUCACGGUAGCACUACGAAUAGCAAUGUGCUGGAGCUUGCAAGAAGAAGGUAG